ACAGUUAAGACAGCAGUUUAGGUACAUAGUCAUAGUUCCCUUUCCUUCCAUGGGAAACCAGCCCCUGCAGAUUUCAUCUUAAGUUAUUCUCUUUCUGGAAAUAACUUUUUGUCAGGUAACAUGUCAUGCAACAUUACAAUGAAAGACAAGAGAUUUCUGUUUACAUCUGAGUCUGUUGCCGAAGGACAUUCAGAUAAAAUGUGUGACCAGAUCAGUGAUGCUGUUCUUGAUGCUCAUAUUAAUGUUGAUCCAGAUGCUAAGGUCGCUUGUGAAUGUGUGGCCAAAACUGGGAUGAUCUUGUUGUGUGGUGAAAUUACCUCCAAAGCUGUCAUAGAUUACCAGCAAGUAGUGAGAGACACCAUCAAGAAGAUUGGUUAUGAUGACUCUUCCAAAGGGUUAGAUUACAAGACUUGCACUGUGUUGGUUGCCCUGGAGCAGCAGUGCCAUGAGAUCAAACGAGCAAUCUCUGAGGGAAAGAUUGGGGAUGAUAUUGGAGCUGGAGACCAGGGCUUGAUGUUUGGUUAUGCCACCGAUGAAACUGACGAGUGUAUGCCCUUAACUAUUCUGCUUGCACAUAAGCUUAAUGCAAAGAUUAAAUUGCUGGAGAGGAAUGGAACAUUGCCCUGGCUUCGACCAGAUGGGAAAACACAGGUCACAAUGGAAUACCGAGAUAUCAGCGGUGCACUAGAGCCAAUCCGUGUGCACACCUUGGUGAUUUCCGUACAACACGCACCUGGGGUGCCAUUAGAGCAGAUACGGAAAGAGCUGGUGGACAAAGUUGUGAAUGAAGUGAUUCCAGCCAAAUACCUGGAUGAGAAAACAGUCUAUCACCUCCUGCCAAGUAAGGCAUUUCUAGAAGGCGGUCCUAAGAGUGAUGCUGGCUUGACUGGAAGAAAGAUCAUUGUGGAUACCUAUGGAGGCUGGGGAGCACACGGAGGGGGUGCUUUUUCAGGGAAAGAUCCCUCUAAAGUGGAUCGCUCAGGAGCAUAUGCAGCUCGCUGGGUAGCGAAGUCCUUGGUGAAAGCAGGCCUUUGCAGGAGAGUAUUGGUCCAGCUGUCUUAUGCCAUUGGAUUGAGUCACCCUCUAGCCAUCUCUGUGUUCCACUACGGUACUUCAGACAGAUCAGAAGAUGAGCUGCUUGAUAUUGUUCAGAAGAACUUUGACCUUCGCCUUGGGCCUAUCAUAAGGGAGCUGAACUUGAAGAGUCCCAUUUAUCAACAGACCGCAUGCUACGGGCAUUUUGGAAGAGAAAUAUUUACGUGGGAACAACCUAAAAAGCUGGUUUAUUAGAUAUGGGGUGCUUCCAGAUUAGGGUUGCCAGGUGUCUGUUUUUUGCCUGGAGACUCUGGAUUUUUGGGGUCCUCUCCAGGUGAGUUACCUUAAUCUCCAGACUCUCAGCUUUUUUUUAAAAAAAGUUUCUAGGUGGUCUGGUUCACAUGAUAUACACCAAAACAUCAGCCGUCCCCCUCCCCCACAACUUCUGUGAAAUGAUCUCUUAGCUGGCUGCUCUAACCCUGCCCUUUCAGGUUUGUAGCCAAUAAGUGAAGUCAGGGUUGUGAUUGACAAGAGGUUUCUUGGCCUCCAGGCAGUACCUAGACCCCAUUGCAAAGGUAGAAACUAUUGUUUUUUUCCUGUUUAUCUGAAAAAACCAAGUAAGUAUAUACCUUUCAGCAGUAUCAAAAGUCAUUUUUUCUCUUGUGUGCAGGAGUCAAAUCCUGGGCUGUUGAAGAGCGCAGUGUUUUGAAAACCUUCCCAAUAUGAAGCUUUAAUCCAAUACUUGCUUUUCUGGGAGUAGAGCUGCAAUGCUAAUCCCACAUACCCGGAGUAAACCCCAUUGAAUUCAGUAGGACUUACUUUUGAGUAGACAUGGUUAGGAUUGUGCUGAAAAUUAAUGGGAGUUUUGAGUGAAUGUAGCAAAGAAUUGUGUUUGUGUUGUAAAUCUUUCUCUUCCUCUCCAAUCCUAUUUUUUAAAGCAAUUAGGCAGGGCUUCCUUAGGUAUCACUGCUUUUAUUAUGUAGGAAACCAAUACCGAUUUUAUUUUUUUUAAAAAAAUGUUCUGCAAUGACCAACCAGUUUUGGCAAUAAACUAUCAU